AUGCAGUCUUCUGGGACCACGAUAGGUGGUGCGGACAAGGUUCGGCGAUCCUACGAGCUGGGGCUUCCGCCGGUGAUCGUUGAAAAUCAGACAAAGGUGAAAAACUUCAGCACCUCCACCGCUGCCGCGUUGGCAGGGCAGCUGGAAAAUUGUGUCCAUCUGCUCCGGGGACACUGUGCAACACUGCAGUACUGCAAUGAGGAGAUUGAGGGUGCUUUGCUAACUCUUGGCAUUGACUCGACGCAUUCUUUGCUUUCUUCCAUCAAUGGCGUUAUUGCAGGCCUUGAAACCAUGGCGGGUACAUGCAAGGAGAUGUGUGAAAGCCACUUUGAAGAGGUUCGACAGCGGGAUGAUCUCUUUUCGUCGCUUUGCAACAUGUAUCUCACGCUGAAGGAACGACACGAGGUUACGGAGCGGGAGCUGCGCAGCGUCGUUGCGGAGCGUGACCGCCAAAACGCCGCCUUUGACAAGGCGGUUGCGUACGUGGAGACCGUGAUUGCGGAGCGGGCGCUGUGGCAGGAGCGGAACGGCUACAACUGUGUCGGCCUCCCUCUUGUGGAGAGGUCCUUCUCAGAGCACUGCCGCGAGGCCCUCGAUAUGUUUGACAGGAUUGAGCAGGAAAUCCGCAGCCGUGAGGAGGCGGGCCUGGACCCUCUGCUUUCUAGCACUGACACCCCCGGAAGCCUCGUGAAGCGGUGGGAGACGAUUGAGAAUCUUCGGCACGUGAACGGAAUGCCCUCAGCGCGGCUGCAGUACGUUCCGCCCCGAGACGAGGUGGCGCUCCUCCGUGAGGUGCUGGAGAUGGGCACGGGCAGCCGCGCACUGCUGCACGAGGUACGCGAGGAGCGAAGGAGUCUCGAUGAGAGCAAAAAAAAGGUGUUUGAUCUUGGCGUCACGAGCCUCGCCGCUUUGCAGCUUGCCCGCUCGGAGUUAACUAGCUUCAAGAGGUGGCUCUUGCUCCUAGAAGAACAUGGGGAUCCGUUCAAUUCUUCGUUCGAGAAGUUUCGUACUCUGAUGGCGGAGGCCGCAGCGUCGGUGGCCAGCAGCCCCAAAAAACAGUCCCCCAGAGUUUGA